GCCUCGGUCCCCACCUUCUGAUAUAAAUGUAUCACCUCCUCAAAGCCCUCCAUAGCUAGUUCUGCAGAAAAGUAGAAAGAGAUGGAGAAGAGCAAGAUGAGAUGCGUGGGGCUUUUCCUGAUGCUGCUCCUCGUCCUCGCUGCCCAGGAGGCGGAGGGGAGGAUGUGCGAGUCCCAGAGCCACGGCUUCCACGGGUCUUGCGUCAGCGGCCACAACUGCGCCCUGGUCUGCCGCAACGAGGGCUUCUCUGGCGGCCGUUGCCGUGGCUUCCGGCGCCGCUGCUUCUGCACCAAGCUCUGUUGACGGCCAGUGCACUUGCAUGCGACAGAAUAAAGAAGUGAUGGAUGGCCAGCUUAGGCUGCUGUCUGCUGCGUUGUAAUAAGUGAGCAAGUGAGCCAAAUAUAUAUAUCUCAAGAUUCUGGGCUCCUUAGUUUCUCAGCUUUCUAGGACUUGAUGUGCUUGGACCACUCACUGUGCUCUCUCUUCCAUUACUUUGUGUAAUUUCCUGAUUUGGGGUUUAAUGUGUUUCACGCUUCUCUCUC